GAUUUUCGUAGAGAUAGUCUUCAAGCGAGAGAAACUUUUGUUUCUUGUGCCGUGUGUAUCGUGUGUAGUAGGGACAGUUUUCGUAACAAGUGUCACCAUGAAGGCGAGUUACGCCUGCAUUCAUUGCGGCGAAAAGCAGCAGCAACUGUACAAGAGCUACGGUCCCGACCUGCUGAAGUUGUCGAGAUGUUCUGGCUGCAAUCGUGUUGUUGACGAGUACAUCGAGAUGGAGUUCUCAAUCGUCCUGAUCGACGCAGUGCUGCAGAAGUUGGAGGCAUACAGGCACAUCAUUUUCAACGUUGGGAUGGGCAGGCCUUGGAAGAUUGCCUUGCUCUUCCUGCUUGGCGAAGCCCUGGAACACUGGAUGUCAAGGCAACAGACUCAUAAGGCGGGCUACGACUUGGAGUGGCACUUCUACAUCAUCUGCCUUUUUCUCAUUGCUAGUAAUGCAGUCUUCAUUGCAGCAGUCAUCCUACUCACAAGGCUGUCUGCACGCUGCCUUUGCGAUUGGACGUUGCUUGCACGAGCGGUGAUACUGGGCAGCUACGGCAAGCUGCUUGCACUCCCAGCCAACCUGUGGGGCUGUGACCGCUUCCAGUCACAGCUCUUCCUCGCAACCUUCUUCCUCUUCUCCCAGGUGCAAGCCUGCAGAGCCAUUACCGGAAUGGGACGCCUCCAGACGGCUGCCAUCGUGUUUGCUUCCUACAGUCUACAGCAGAGCUUGAGCAUCUGGAUGUCGCCCUUCCUGUGACCGUUGAACGACUGUUGAGAAGCCAUUCAACGCCAGUACAGAGGCGGCGUGGAUUGGAAUCACCGCUGAAGCCCUUGGAGCAUUUCGAUGUCGAGUGACGAAGUAGGCAGACUUACAGCGUUCCCUUCAGAUGUUUCGUUGAGCUCUUGAAACUUUUAGUGACUAGCGCAUCGUUUCAAAUACAGCGGACUGUUAAUUUACAA